UCAUAAAUCCUGUCAGAAGUAAGCGAACCUGAGUAGAGAAAUCGACAAUGGAAGACGGCGAAAUAGAGGAAGGAAUGGUGACCGCCGACGAAACCCCGACGCCGGAAGUAACGACGACGACGGAGACUACACAACCACCGCGAGAACCAGGCAAAUCUCCACUCGAGUUACUCCGAGAGAGCAAAACCUCCGUAGAAGAAAUCGUCGCGAAGAUGCUCUCAAUGAAAAAAGAAGGAAAUCACAAAUCCGAGAUUCAAGAGCUCCUCACACAAAUGUUUCUCAACUUCGUCAAUCUUCGUCAGGCGAAUCGUGCGAUUCUGACUGAGGAAGAUAAGGUCAAAGCGGAGACGGAACGAGCUAAAGCACCGGUUGAUUUCACGACGUUGCAAUUGCAUAAUCUUAUGUAUGAGAAGAGUCAUUACGUUAAAGCUAUUAAGGCUUGUAGAGAUUUCAAAUCAAAGUAUCCUGAUAUUGACCUUGUUCCUGAACAAGAGUUCUUUCGAGAUGCUCCUGAAGCUAUUAAAGAUCAAUCACAGUCAAGUGAUAGUUCACAUGUUUUGAUGCCUAAGAGACUCAAUUUUGAGCUUCAUCAGAGGAAAGAAUUGUGUAAGCAUCGAGCGAGAUUGGAGCAAAAGAAGAAGAGUUUACUAGAAACUAUUGCAGAGCGUAAGAAGUUUUUGUCAAGUCUUCCUCUACACCUCAAGUCUCUGAAGAAAGCAUCGCUUCCAGUACAGAACCAGUUGGGUAUACAUCACACCAAGAAACUGAAGCAGCAUAAUCUAGCUGAGUUGCUUCCUCCUCCGCUUUAUGUUCUAUACUCACAGCUCUUGGCACAAAAGGAAGCUUUUGAAGAGAGCAUUGAUUUGGAGGUAGUUGGGAGCCUUAAGGAUGCACAAGCUUAUGCUAGACAACAAUCGAAAAAGGACUCAGGUAUGUUGAAUAAUACAGAGAGUUCUAGGUUGGAGGACGAUGGACCAGAUGACGAUGAUGAUGGACAAAGGAGAAGAAAACGACCCAAGAAGCUUACUAGCAAAGAAGGUUCUGACAAGGCAGGAUUAUAUCAAGCCCACCCUCUCAAAAUUUUCCUUCACAUAUAUGAUGAGGAGAUGCCUGAUGCAAAAUCCUUCAAACUUGUCAUUCUCAAGUUUGAGUACUUGCUGAAGUUGAAUGUUGUAUGUGUUGGUGCCGAAGGCUCUCAGGAUGGACCAGAGAAAAAUAUCUUUUGUAACUUAUUUCCAGAUGACGCUGGACUUGAGCCUCCUCAUCAAUCAACCAAGCUCAUCCUUGGUGAUGGUCAGGCAUUUGAUGAGAACAGAACUUCAAGGCCUUAUAAAUGGGUACAGCAUUUGGCGGGAAUUGAUAUUUUACCAGAACUGUCACCUGUUUUACUAGGCGAAGAAGCUCAUAACAGUGACUCAGCUAAAAGUGAUGCGCUUGUGCCUAAUCUUUCAUUGUAUCGCCAGCAGCAUAGGGUGAAAACAGUUCUGCAAAGAAUACGCUCGAGGAAAAAAGCACAUCUGGCUCUUGCGGAACAGCUUGAUUUACUUAUGAAACAUGAGUUGCCAGUGGUGAAGUGCGAAGACGCUCCUUGGGCACUUCAUAAGGUUCUCUGUGCUUUGGAUUCCUGGUUACAUAUACAAUCUUCAGCUAGUAAGUCAUGCUCUCUGAGUCUGAACGGUGCGGAACAAGUUCCAGAACCUAUGGAAAUCGAUGUAGAUGGAAGAUCUACUUCUGGAAAGGAAGAUCUUGAAAGUAUACGAGAAGAUGGAGAACUUCCCUCUUUGGUCACAGCGGCAGCUUCUUUAACCAGUUCGAACCAUACCCCAUUGAAGGUAUCUAAUCAAGCACGGUCAAGGCAGUUGGCCUUGAUGACAAAGAACCUAGAUUCUUCAAUUAGCAAAGGAAGGUCACCAAGUUUCAAGAAAUAUGAAGAUGAUUUGGAUCUUGUUUUGGACGAUGAUAGUGAAGUAGAUGAGCCAGCCGGAAGAACUGAGUCGCAUGUGGAAGCUUUGUGCCCUGAGAAAGCUGAUAAUUCAUGGGUGGAUUAUGGUGCGAGAGAGUUUGUGCUUGUGUUGUCCAGGAAAACAGAUGGUGGAAAGUUGUGGAAGUUAGAAGCUACGGUCUAUAUCAGCAUGGAAUAUCCUCUUCGACCUCCUUUGUUUUCUCUGUCUCUCCAUGCUUCUUCCUCGUCAGGAAAUGACAAUGGGACCAAUGAAAGUGACCAUUACAAUGAACUUCGAGCCAUGGAAGCGGAAGUGAACCUUCAUAUGUUGAAGAUUAUUCCUUCAGAUCAAGAAAACUAUCUCCUAUCUCAUCAAGUCAGAUGCUUAGCAAUGUUGUUCGACUAUUACAUGGAAGACCCAUCUCCAGAUUCCAAAAGAGGAACAGCCACAACAGUGGUUGAUGUUGGUUUGUGUAAGCCUGUAGAUGGUAAGCUUCUUGUGAGAUCAUUCAGAGGCAGAGAUCACCGGAAAAUGAUCUCAUGGAAGGGCAGAGGAUGUGCAUCAGGUUAUCCGUGCUAGAUAUAACAUUUCCGCCGCUCACUUCUCUAUAUUAUCUUCCUUGGUGGUACAAUCAAAGGGUUUUGCAUGUCUGGUUUCACAUUUCACCGUGGAACAUUUUUUUACUUGAUUGUAUAAACUGCUAUCUUUUUGGGUGAGGACCUGGUCUAUUUAAACCUAGCAUGUUUAAAGUCCAAUCCGUUUUGAGCUCAGUAUGUUUUGCUCUUGAUUUAA